AUGGAAGUCUACGCGGCGAUGGUCGAGUGCAUCGAUAUCAACGUCGGCAAAGUCAUCGCGCACCUCAAGCGCACGGGCGAGUACGACGACACGUUCAUAUGCUUCAUGUCCGACAACGGCGCAGAGGGCGCGGCGUACGAGGCCUACCCAAUAAUCCAAUCAACAAUGCUCGCCCACCUCCGCAAAUACUACAACAACGCCCUCGAGAACCUCGGCGCACCAAACUCGUUCAUAUGGUACGGCCCGCGCUGGGCCCAGGCCGCCACCGCACCCGCGCGGCUGUACAAGAUGUACACGACCGAGGGCGGCGUGCGCGUGCCGUUCCUCGCCAAGUUUCCCCGGUCGCACCCGCUCGCGCCGUCUCUUUCUCGCGCAAGUGGAAAAAGUGGGAUCACGGACGAGUUUGCGACGGUCAUGGACCUGAUGCCGAGUCUGCUGGACAUGGCCGGCGCGCCGCACCCCACGCCGUCCUACCGCGGCCGCGCAGUCGUUCCUAUGCGCGGAUCGUCGUUCGUGCCGUUUGCGACGGGUACUUCGCCACGCAUACACGAGCAGGACCAUGUCACGGGCUGGGAAAUGGCCGGGCGCGCCGCGCUGCGCAAGGGGCCCUUCAAAAUCGUAUUCCUCCCCAAGCCCAAAGGCACGGAAAAGUGGCAGCUGUACGACCUCUCGUCCGACCCGGGCGAAACUACCGAUCUAGCGAAUGAGGAGGAGUAUGCAGGGAAGAUGGAGGAGCUGUUGGGGCAUUGGGAGGAAUAUGUGCUCGAGACGGGCGUCGUGCCGCUGGCGCCGGAGCUGGGGGAGUGGUUGAGGGGGACGGAGGAGCAGAUGAGGGAGGAUGUGUGGAUGGAGUAUAGGUAUUGGGAGGAGGGGGCGAGGGAGGAGCCGGAGAGGUUUUGGAGGAGGCCGUGGAGGAGGGCUGGGGGCGAGGUGUAG